AGGAAAUUCUUUAAUUUUGCCCUUUGAGGGCUACGUGUGGGUGCAGGCUUGCUGCCUACCCUUGACUCCCUUGGGAAAUAUUCCUUGGGAAGAACCUGGUCCUCCUCACAGUCCACACAGCACUCAUUCCCAGGAGGUGGAAAACGCUUGGUGGGGACAGAGAAAGGGUUGCCACUCAUCUGUUGCACAAGCGCGAAGCAGGAGGAAGCAUCUGCUGAGCAGGGAUCAGCGACCAGCGGCUCACCCCAGGGCUUUCAGAAAAGAGGAAAUCAAGGAGAAACCCAGACUCUCAGGCCGGGUAAUCGCUAGCUAAGAUUCCGCAUGGACGUCGCUCUCUCUGUUACAAAUGGACUCUCAGGUCAUGGGGUCCUGACCAACCAUGCCUGCCUGAGGGACGAGCUGGGAGUCACCCCAUCGCAGUUAUAGCAAAGACAAAGAAAUAGCAUGGCAUGAAACAUGGCUCAGUUCUAUUACAAAAGAAAUGUUAAUGCCCCCUACAGAGAUCGCAUCCCUCUAAGGAUAGUUCGAGCAGAAUCGGAACUCUCACCGUCAGAAAAAGCCUACUUAAAUGCUGUGGAAAAGGGAGAUUAUGCAAGCGUCAAGAAAUCCCUAGAGGAAGCUGAAAUUUAUUUUAAAAUCAAUAUUAAUUGCAUUGAUCCUCUUGGAAGAACUGCUCUCCUCAUUGCAAUUGAAAAUGAGAACUUGGAGCUCAUUGAACUGCUCUUAAGCUUUAAUGUCUAUGUCGGAGAUGCUCUAUUACAUGCUAUAAGGAAAGAAGUCGUCGGCGCUGUUGAGCUGUUACUGAACCACAAAAAGCCCAGUGGAGAAAAACAGGUGCCUCCCAUUCUCCUUGAUAAGCAGUUCUCUGAAUUCACUCCGGACAUUACACCAAUCAUUUUGGCAGCCCAUACAAAUAAUUAUGAGAUAAUAAAACUUUUAGUUCAAAAAGGAGUCUCGGUACCCAGACCCCAUGAGGUCCGCUGUAACUGUGUUGAAUGCGUCUCCAGCUCAGAUGUGGAUAGCCUCCGCCACUCACGCUCCAGACUCAACAUCUACAAGGCCUUGGCCAGUCCCUCUCUCAUCGCACUGUCAAGUGAAGAUCCUUUUCUCACAGCCUUUCAGUUAAGUUGGGAGCUUCAGGAACUGAGUAAGGUGGAAAAUGAAUUCAAGUCAGAGUAUGAGGAGCUGUCACGACAGUGCAAACAAUUUGCUAAGGACCUACUGGAUCAGACAAGAAGUUCCAGAGAACUGGAAAUCAUUCUUAAUUACCGAGAUGACAAUAGUCUCAUAGAAGAACAAAGUGGAAAUGAUCUCGCAAGACUAAAAUUGGCCAUUAAGUACCGUCAAAAAGAGUUUGUUGCCCAGCCCAAUUGCCAACAGCUGCUUGCAUCUCGGUGGUACGAUGAGUUCCCAGGCUGGAGGAGAAGACAUUGGGCAGUGAAGAUGGUGACAUGUUUCAUAAUAGGACUUCUUUUUCCUGUCUUCUCUGUGUGCUACCUUAUAGCUCCUAAAAGCCCACUUGGACUGUUCAUCAGAAAGCCAUUUAUCAAGUUCAUCUGCCAUACAGCAUCCUAUUUGACUUUUUUGUUCCUGCUGCUGCUUGCCUCUCAGCACAUCGACAGGUCAGACUUGAACAGGCAAGGUCCACCACCAACCAUCGUCGAGUGGAUGAUAUUACCGUGGGUCCUGGGUUUUAUAUGGGGAGAAAUUAAACAAAUGUGGGAUGGCGGACUUCAAGAUUACAUCCAUGAUUGGUGGAAUCUAAUGGAUUUUGUGAUGAACUCCCUAUACUUAGCAACAAUCUCCUUGAAAAUCGUUGCAUUUGUAAAGUACAGUGCUCUUAAUCCAAGAGAAUCUUGGGACAUGUGGCACCCCACUUUGGUGGCUGAAGCUUUAUUUGCCAUUGCAAACAUCUUCAGUUCUCUGCGCCUGAUCUCACUAUUUACCGCAAAUUCUCACCUGGGGCCUCUGCAAAUAUCCCUGGGAAGAAUGCUCCUGGACAUUUUGAAGUUUCUAUUCAUAUACUGCCUCGUGUUGCUAGCAUUUGCAAAUGGCCUGAAUCAACUAUACUUCUAUUAUGAAGAAACGAAAGGGUUAAGCUGCAAAGGCAUACGAUGUGAAAAGCAGAAUAAUGCAUUUUCAACGUUAUUUGAGACACUCCAGUCCCUAUUUUGGUCAAUAUUUGGGCUCAUCAAUUUAUAUGUGACCAAUGUCAAAGCACAGCAUGAAUUCACUGAGUUUGUUGGUGCCACCAUGUUUGGGACGUACAAUGUCAUCUCUCUGGUUGUCCUACUCAACAUGUUAAUAGCUAUGAUGAAUAAUUCUUACCAACUUAUUGCUGACCAUGCAGAUAUAGAAUGGAAAUUUGCUCGAACAAAGCUUUGGAUGAGUUACUUUGAAGAAGGAGGUACCCUGCCUACUCCCUUCAAUGUCAUCCCGAGCCCCAAGUCUCUGUGGUACCUGAUCAAGUGGAUAUGGACACAUCUGUGCAAGAAAAAGAUGAGAAGAAAACCAGAAAGUUUUGGAACAAUUGGGAGACGAGCUGCUGAUAAUUUAAGAAGACAUCACCAAUAUCAAGAAGUUAUGAGGAAUCUGGUGAAGCGGUACGUGGCUGCCAUGAUCAGAGAUGCCAAGACUGAAGAAGGUCUGACGGAAGAGAACUUUAAGGAACUAAAGCAAGACAUUUCUAGUUUCCGCUUCGAAGUCCUGGGGUUACUAAGAGGAAGUAAACUAUGUACGGUGCAAUCCGCUCACGCCGCGACGGAGUCUUCCAACUCAGCUGACUCCGAUGAAAAGAGCGAUAACGAAGGAAGCAGCAGGGACAAGAAAAAGAACUUCAGCCUUUUCGAUUUAACCACCCUGAUUCAUCCGAGAUCGGCAGCAAUUGCCUCUGAAAGACACAACAUAAGCAAUGGCUCCGCCCUGGUGGUGCAGGAGCCCCCUAGGGAGAAGCAGAGAAAAGUGAAUUUCGUGACUGAUAUCAAAAACUUUGGGUUAUUUCACAGACGAUCAAAACACAACGCUGCUGAGCAAAAUGCAAACCAAAUCUUCUCUGUUUCAGAAGAGAUGGCUCGUCGACAGGCUGAAGGACCACUGGAGAGAAAUAUUCAACUGGAAUCCCGAGGCUUAGCUUCACGGAGUGACUUGAACAUCCCCGGCCUCAGUGAACAAUGUAUAUUAGUAAACCAUCGAGAAAGGAACACAGACACCCUCGGUUUACAGGUAGGCAAGAGAGUGUGUCCGUUCAAGUCAGAGAAAGUGGUCGUGGAAGACACUGUCCCAAUAAUACCAAAGGAGAAGCGCGGGAAGGAAGAGGACUGUAGCGUAGACUAUGACGUAAACCUCACUGACACAGUCACCCACGAGGACUAUGUGACAACAAGAUUGUGAUACUUGAAGGAGGAAGUGUAUAUCCUGCAUACACGUAUUUUCCGUAGUGGUCUGGGUGGGGGGAGAUGUUUAAAAGCGAAUUAGCAAAUGCUAACGUACACUUUAUAGCAUUUAUUAACUGUGGCAUAUUAAUGUGUAACAAGUUUAAUUAAGGCAAAGGCUAUCAAAAACCUUUGUUUUGUAGCCUGCUUUUGCUUUCACAAUUUGUUUUACAAUUUUUUUGUUAAUAAAUAAACGCACCUUGUAUUCUUGUACUGUUGCAAUAACCCACAGGAAAUUUUUAGCUAUCUUUUUCAAUGAAAACAAAUGCAAUUUAUUUCAUGUGGUAGUUGACUCCUACAAUAGAUAUUUUUAUAUGCAUAAAACAACGUAGCUGAAAUAUUAGAGCUUUUCAUAAUUUUUUAGGGUCUCUAGAGAUGGUUACUUACCAAGGACUUUUCACCCAGCCCUACAGUUUGGCUUUAAAACACAAAUAAUAUCAAAUUAUUUCUCAAGAACAUGUAAAUAAUUAUAGUACACAAUUAAAGCAAGCAAGCCUGGUUCUCAUGAAGUCAUGAUCAAACUCUCUGUUAAAAUGAAAAUCAGGUAUACUUCAUGGAAUUUUAGGUCGCCCAGUUUUCCUUUCAGUAAGUAAAAAAAAACUGUUGGUCUUAAUUUAGAUGAUUGAUGAUUUUUAAUGAUAUUUUGUCAGAAAAAAAGGUUGUAUCUCAAGCUUAAAAAAACCAAUUACCUUUUUCUGGUUUAACUGCUAAUCAGUGUAAAUAUGAGUCUUUAUGAAUAACUUGAAUUUCAAAAAUAUGGCAGAAGUUCUCAGUGAUAGAAAUGAACAAUGAUAGAUUAAAGUAGUUUAAGCACCUUAAACAAAGCAAGAUGAUUGCCUACUCAUAAUAUACAGAUGAAAAUGAACUCACUCUGACAAUCCAAAUCUAAGCAAAGUGAAAUUCUGUUUUCAAUCAGUGCAGUAUUGUUGUCAAUUCAAAA